AUGGAUUCAAUAAUGGCAAAAAUAAGAGAAGUUGAAAAAGCCGCCACAGUCAUCUUUGAAGGAAGUGAACCAGUUGCUGAUUUAGUUGUCGAGAGUAACGAAAAACGUGUCACUAAAAAGAGGAAACUUAAUGAUUAUGGUCAUGAGGAAAAUUAUUUGCUGAAUCGACAAGGUAAACGAGAAGUUGAUAUUAAUGACGAAGUUGAAAAUAUCGUUAUUAGUAGUAAUGAGGAUGAGGAAAGGAAGAAUCCGAAAAUUCUACCGCCAGAUUUUAAUUUGGUGCGAAAAUUGAUAAUCGGUGAAAGAUUAAAGUUAUUCGAAAAUCUCGGUGAAAAUGCAGUUUUCCUUAUGAAAUUGAAAGAAGAACCUGAUGAGGAAUAUAUCGAAGCGAUUAAUCAGGCUGAAAAUAACAAAUUGCCUAUCGAAUUCAAUAAUGUUGGAUUUUCGCAGACUGUUUAUUCCAAAAAGCUUCCAUACGAUGAGCUUCUCGAUAGGAUUUGCAAAUUUUCAAACAUCCAAGAAUCAUUUAUUAGUGGUCAACGAAGAAAAAUCAUCAGUGUUUUAGACGACUAUGAAAAAUUUGCGUUGGCUAGUAGCGGUUUCAGAUAUUUUGUAAAGCUAUGUACAGAUCCGAUUUUUGAAGAAAUCUGCACUAGGAUUGAAAAAAUUGGAAAUUUGAAUGACGCGGGGACAGUGGAAUCAGUUGCGAAAAUGUUGCGAUUUGCCAAUUCUGAAUCAUCGACUGCUGAUGCAAGAGAACUAUUGGAUAUAAUUCGUGAUCUAUUAGAAAAAGAAACAGAUAUUCGUGAAAUUAUCGAUAUCGACGAGGAAAAUGACGAGAUAGAUAUUGCAAAUAUAGAAAGUAUUGAUCCUUCGUGUCAUAAAGUAGGUGGAAUGCCAUUGGCUGAAGAAAAAUUUCGAUCAUCUCUUAUGAAAAAAAUGCAUGAAGAUGAAGAAAAACUUUUUUCGGGUAUAAUGAAAUGCCCGCUUUGUCAUGAUUGUGAAAAUUAUGUGGUUGAAAGUGAUUUACAAAGUCAUUUGAUAAAUGAACAUUACAAUAUACAUCUUUAUGCAUGUCAUACCUGUUUUGAAGCAUUUCCUUCAAUUGAAUUAUUAAAAAAACAUCCGUGCACUGAUUUCGCUCAAUAUAUUGUUCAUUUAUUAACGGCUGAUUUAAAAUUUGAAUUCAAUAUUGUUAUGCAUACUCUUGUUUGUGGUGAGUGCAAUUUGCAAAUUCCCUUAUCUGGCAUCGAUAAACUUUCGUCAAUCAUAAAACUACGUGGUUUAUUGGGUUUGCAUGACUGUGAUCGUUUGGUCUCUUGCCUUAUAUUUUUUGCCGAAGAACCGCUUGGAAUGGAAUAUGUUUAUUUGAAAGGAUUUUCCGUUGAAAAUUCCAUCCCUAUUACAUGUUCAAUAUGUAACUACCAUUAUAUUUCGGCUAAAGAUAUAGAAAUUCAUCAAGAUUUGCAUAUUUCUGAAAUUGAAACCCUUAAAUGUCCUGUUUGCGCUUCCUUAUUUUAUUCUCAGUUCUUUUAUCGGAACCAUAUGUUGAGCCACAUAGGCGAUACAUAUUCUUUUGCUCCUUUAAUUGCUGGAUUGACUCCAGUUGCACCUUUAUGGAUGAUGGAAGAAUUCUGCAAAAUUGAUUGUGAUUUGAAAUGUGCGAUUGAUGGUGAAAUUUCGAGUGACACCAUCCAUAAUGCAAUGGAUGAUUUUGAUAAAGUGAACUCUAACCAUAAUCGAUGGAGUCUCUAUUUUUGUGCGAAUUCGGCUGAACUGAAUUCGAAAUUUGCUAUAGUUAAUAGUGAAAUUGAUAUUUUAUCAUUUGUUAAUCAAUUUAAACGAGAAGCAAGGAUUUAUGUUGGGCCAAAUGCCUCUGUGUACGAUCCAUCGAAAAGUGCAUUGUUGGUCUUGAGCUUGUAUUUGUGUACGAAAUGCAAUUCAUUGCAAUUGGGAACCGAAUGUUUAAUGAAACAUUUAAAAAAAUGCUUAUCAGAAAGUAUGAAUAUUGAUGAGAUUAAUGUGCACGAUCUUGAAAAUGAACUUUUAGUAAUACGAUUAUCUAGUUGUAAUUCUUUGUUGAACAUUAGACUUCUUUGUCCGUGGUGUAGUAUUUCAUGUUGUUCAAUAAUCAGUCUUCGACGACACUUUAUAAUCAAACAUGCGAUCUAUACAGUAUUUGAAGCCCCUGCCUGUCUUCAGUCAAUUGGUAUAAUGGAGUGGAAUAUUCAUUCAUCAUCACUUCUUCUUAACGAUAAUGCAAAAACCAUAAAUAUUAAUGUUGGAUUAACAAAAGAUGGACGUUUCCAUUCUAAUAUCGAAACUAUAUAUGGUCAAAUUUUGAGAUGGGCUAAUACAUCAGUCUAA